ACUUGAUAUUAAGUACUCUAAUUUGCAGAAAUCCCUAAUUUACUGCUACAGCUGGAGUGCAGGAUGAAGAAAAAUACUGGAGCUGGAGGCGCAAGCGACGAUGGAGUUGGGGUUGGGGGUAAUAAGAGCGACCAACAAAGAUUGAAAGGCCAAUCUUCGAAGGAGAGGAAUAUGCAGAGAUUGGGCGGGAGAGGGCUGUCUCUCCAAGCAUUCGCCAGGACUAACCACUAUAAUCCCGCUCUCAUCAAGAAGCAAAGGGAGUUCUAUAAGAAUGCUAAAUAUGUUCGUAAGUUUAAGAGAUCGCUAGGGCAGCAUGAACAGCAGAUGACUGCUAGGCAUUUGGAGGAAAGAAAUGAGACUGAGGAAGCUACUGACUUGGACCACAAUAUUAAGAAAAGGAAAAAGAACAGUGCUAAGAGUCUCAGAGAUUUGUAUGAAGAGAAGCGUCAAGAGGCAGAGAAAGCCAGACUAGAGAGGGAAGCCUCUAUCCAGGCAAAGAAGAAAGAAAGGCAGAGGGCUGAAGCCAGAAGAAAAUCUUUGAAGAAGAAGAUGUUCAAGAAAACAAAGUCAGGCCAACCUGUGAUGAAGCAUAGAAUUGAACAUCUUUUACAAAUGAUCCAAGGUUCAACGAGUUAGGUUUUGUAGCUGUUCCCUGCAGAAAUGUCCGGACACAAAUGACCUCAGCUAAGAAAACGAAGUCCAAGGUUUUCAUUUUUCUGAAUGCUGUAUUGUGUUGAUCAUAUGGGAGCAUGCUUAUCUUAGUACCUGGUUAGGGUCUACCCACUUAUGGAAUAUAGAUUGGGAUUUAUAAGCGAAACAAUGCUGCAUCUGAUUCAUUGUAAUUUUAUUUAUGUGUAGACAUUCCAAUAGUUGAAUAUCUCGUACAUGCUGUCUGAAUUGAGGCUUUUGACCUA